AUGCCUCUAAUCAAGGAAGGACUUUUUGUCGGAACACGGGUUGAUGCAAGCAAUUUAGUAAGUGUUAAGUUACCAGAUGCCACUUUAAGAAUCCUCACUGUGGACAGUGAACCGCUUCAAAUCGAGGAAGAUGGAGUUUCGACAAAGCAUGUCACUUGCCUGGACGAACCCGAAGCAGAUCUUCUAAGUUUCUUUGACGAAUGUUCCGACUUCAUCACAACUGGUUUACAAAACAAGCAAACUGUGGUCGUUCAUUGGUAAGUACAAUUCUUGGAGGCUGAUUUUUAACGGAUUUUCACAAAAUACGGCGAACCAAAUUAAACAUGCUGAAAUGCGUGCGUGGUGAAACCUUGAAGCUUCUUCUUAAAAUCAGGAAACGCGGAACGCUGGGGAUACUGGAAUGUAUUAAAAGAAAAAAAGGAUUUAAUACCAUUUUUUUCAUGUCAUUGAUCUAGGUAGAGCAUGGUUAUGCAGUCCCCUUACACUUAAAAAGCUAAUCUGAUUCAUGGCAGUAAUCCUACAAGACUGUGAAUACUGCAUUUCCUACAGACCUUAACAAGGCAUUACCGUGAUUUCUGGCUAAUUACCAGCCAGUAGUCUGUUAAUUUUUCAACGAACAGUUGUUGGUGCGGGUUAUAGUAAGGGGCAGGUAUUAUGAUCAUUUUUAAAGCUUCUAGUAUAGUUUUAAACCAAUAAGCAGAGAUAGCAAGAUCCACUAAAGAUACUCUCCAAAAAACCUGUGUAAUAGCUCAUUUAUGUCACGCAGAUUGCUCUCAAUGAAAGCUGAUGCAAAUCAAAAACAUAUCUAAAAAACUUGAUAACAAAGUUUUUAUCUUGUUUGUACUCUUACUUUCUUACCUUGUCAAUUUCAAAGCUUGUUUCUUUGUUUAGUUCAAAAAACAAUUCUCACUUACACAGGAAACGAACUUGAAAAUAAAAGAAUUCAAUUGUGACAAAGCAGGCUUCUGAGCAAUUCACAUGGAAAAUGAUGUCAACAUGUUCAUUUCAUGGCGCUGCAUAAUCAAUGGCACAAUAUAAUAUUUGAUGCAUCAGUAAAAUUGUACAAUGUAGUUGAUCCAACAAGUUCUGUUUACUUUGAUCUGCAGCCUAGAGGGCAUGUCACGCAGUGUUACUAUUGUCUUGGCCCAUCUGAUGAAAUCAGACCAGUUGUCAGUGGAUGAGGCUGUUGCUUUUAUGAAGAAAAUUUAUCCCAAAGCCAAGUAAGAUAUAAGAUAAAAUAUCAAAACCAUUAUUAAUCCUUUAACUCCCAUGAGUGACCAAGACAGAAUUUUUCCUUACAAUAUCAAUAUAAUAUCAAGGAGACAAGUCAUGAGAAUAAAGAAAAAUAGCAAUUAGGGGAUUAUAAGUUGAUUCAAUACCAAAUUCUCCAAACCAACAUCACGAGAACUGUAUGGCAGACAGUAAGGAGAAUUACUAAAUUAAAUGAGAUCUUGGGAGUUAAAGGGUUAAAAGAAAUUAAAGUUUCUUGGGAAGCAAACAUUCUUUACAGGUUGUAAUACCUUAAUAAUACCACACAUGUAACUUGUACAUUAAACACUUCAACAAGGACAUUUAUUUAUUAUAGGUAUUGUGCUACAAAUUCAUUUUAUAUUGAUUUGUGGUUGAUUGAUUGUUUUAUUGCUUAAUUCAUUAUUUUUUAGUCCCAAUGUUGGCUUUCUUGAGCAACUUCAACUUUACGAAGCAAUGGGAAGUACAGUUGAUAAAACUCAUCCUGCCUACAAACAAUACCGCCUGCAGCUGUUGGCCAGUCAGAUACAAAGUAAGUCUGUGAUGAAUGUUGAAAAUUAAAUUUUUUCAGAUAUUAGACUGUGAGUAUUUACCUAGCUUUUUAAUUUCUAAGACAUUCAGCUAUAGACUUGCUCAGGGCAAUUUGGUAGAAAAAAGUUUCAAAGCAGAACUUCAUUGUUGUUUGUUUUCAUCACCUAUAUUCAAUGUUCAUCAGAAUAAUUUUUAUGAAUGAUUAUUUUUAAAAUGUAUACAAAUGAUUAACUAGUAAUAAGAUAUUUUUUUAUUUUUCCUACUCUUAGGUACACAGUUGGUGACAAAAGAUCUUCUCUCAUCAUUGAUUGAGGAACUCAAAGACAACACUGCCUCAAAUGACAAGAAGUAUAAAUGUAGAAAAUGUAGGUAGGGAAAUCCAAAUAAUAUAAAUUUCAACUUUUGAACUUUUAUUAAUUGGUAGUCUUCUUUCAACUUAUGUCACUUUCAAAAAGACUAAUUAUAUUUCAAGAGUAAUUUUCCAAACAGCAUUGGAGGUACUCAGAUGUCCAUAGGUUCUUUUUUCUAUUGGGUUCACUUUUUCACCUUGUAAUUUUUUGUAUCCCAUUCAUCUGAAUAAUUAUUCUCAACAUUACUGCUUGAUAUCCUUUUAGUGAGUUCUUUGCUUAUUACUGUGCUUGCCAGAGUGCAAAUAUUGUUUAAAAGACUUCUUAAAGGGAGUAUGUCAUUUGAACUACUUAUUAAAAAAAUGAAAAUGGUUAGUGGCCCACUUAGACAAAGCUUAUCCUGGUUUCCCCAGCAUUAAUUGAUGAGGAGUAUCACUACCCCCCCCCCUGGAUGGGAUGCCAGUCUAUAGCAAGGUUACCCUCCAGCAUUCAUCAGGCUUCCCUGACAAUUCGCUGGCACCCAUUUGUACUCCUGGGUGGAGAGAGACACUGUGAGAGGGAAGUGUUUUUCCCAAAUUACAACACAUUGACCCAGCCAGGUCUCAAACCCACACCUCUCAAUGCAGAGUCCAGCACACUAACCCUUAGACUGCAGCUUCUCCAACAAAUGCUAAUAAGUAACAUGUUAAAGGAAAUGUUAGGAAAUAGGUAGUUAAUGUUUCCUCUGCAGGUUUAUGUUAUUUGGUGGUGAUUCAAGCAUUGACCAUGAGCCUGGCAGUGGUCAAGUGUCAUUCAGGCGGCAUAAACAGGAUUCCAGUGCUGUAAACUGGAGUAACAGUAGCAGCAAGGGUCCAUGUACAUCCCUUUUUAUUGAACCUGUGAGCUGGAUGCUUCCUUUACUUGAGGGAACAAUUGAUGGAAAGGUACUAAUGGUGUACACGCAGCUUAAUAAGCAUAUUGCAUGUAUUUCAUGGCUUCUUUUAUGUUUUGGGAAAAUGAAGUGCUAUGUAAAUUGUCACAGUGCUGAUUCAAAUUUAAUCCAUUAACUGAUAAACCUUUAACUUUGUUCAUUCUGGUGUUCUCAGUCCUUCCUUUGUUCUUAAUGUCAAUUUCCUAGUCAUUCUGCUAGUUAUUUGAAUGUUCAGUUGUUUUUUGAAUAAUCCAAUCCAUUCAGCGGUUAUUCACAACUGGUAUGUUAUUAAAUUAAUGACACACUCGCAGACAUUCAGCAGUCCAGUUAUUUCAUAACUAAAACAGCCUGUUAAUUUUUUUCCAACUUAUAAAAUGUCUGUGUACACUUUUAGCUUCCUUGUCCUAAGUGUGGUGGAAGACUGGGCUCAUUCAACUGGGCAGGUAUGAAAAAGUUUCACUGUAAUAUAGUACCCUAUGAAAAGUGAUGCUUAGUGCAAAAUUCCUCAGCCAAUUACCUUUAAGGCUACAUUUCUAUGUAUGAGAGCUAUCCAUAUAUAAAUUGAUGUGAUACCAAGUAAAGUUAGAAAUCAUUUCUAAGAAAUUUUGCUUGUCAAAGCCAAGGAAGUAUGACUGUCACCUUCUUCAGAGAAAUCUUGCUUUACGUCAGUUCUACUUUUGACACACCUGAGCACUUCAGACUCAUUGAAUAAUAUGCUUAAUAUACUAUGCUACUUGUCACAGGUUAGAAGGAUCCUAAAGAAAACCAUAAAUGUAACAACAAGGAAGCAAAAGAAGACAUGAAAGUUCAUUUUUCAAUUGCCCUUUUUAUCAAGUGGUGCCCUUGUGACAUCUUGACAUCUGCUAGUUUCCUAAAUUCAAGCCAUGUGAUGAUUUGUUAAAUAUAUUGUGGUAUAAAGUAACUUACAUGCACCUACUUUUAAAUUAUUUGGCCAGGAAUGCAGUGUUCUUGUGGAAAGUGGGUGACACCAGCAUUUCAGAUUCACAAAAACAGAGUUGAUGAAUCAAGGAUAGUAUGCCGAUCUUUUGUUCAACCAAUUCAACCUGAGCAGAGUUCAAGCUAGGACAAUGUCUUGCACUUCUGUCAGUAUAUCCUGUCCAGGAAAACAACCAAGCCCCUUAAUUAAAUAAAGACACAUGGUUUGGCUACAUUCAACAUCUCAAGUUUCUUUCAAUUGGUACUGUCCGAGCAGAUAAGAGUGAAUACUGCUCAAGGUCAUGUACUUCACAUACAGAUUUAAAGUGGCUUAGAGGCAAUAACGACAAAAAUCAUACAAGAGAGACAUGCACAACAAGCCUAAAAUUCAUCACCCUCUUAUAAAUCUAAAAAGAGGAAAUCCAGUAUAACUGUGUGUGCAACUUGUGAUGAUAAAAAUGUUACUUAGGUAGGGUCUAAUGAAGGGCCACUGAAGAUGCCAUCACAUGUAAGAGGCAACAAGAAUCUUUUGGUCAAAUUUUAUUGUUUGAAUUAAACAUUUUAACCCUACUUUUCAACAGCACAGGCCAUUUACUUUCUCUUGACAUGGCAAAUCAGAAGCUUCAUUAGCUAAUUUAAAGCCUUCAAUAUCUCCUGAAUAAACUUUUCUAGCUUUCUUGCCCACUCAACAAGGCAUCAGACAAACUAUACAUUAUUCCCAGUCAAAUUUGAAAGAGCAAGUGGGAUUUUAGACUUUUAGUUCUAGCUUAAUAGCAUAUAACUCAAGUCACACACUUCUGCUAGCCCUACACUGAUAUACAUAGUAUUGUCUUUUUGAUCUGAUGUAGGAUCUCCACCAAUGGUCAAUUAACUGUUACUACAUCCACUAAUGGAAUUUAGUUUACUAAUUAUCAUUCUUUGACUAUAGAAGUUAACCUAUGUACUCAGACCAUUAAGCACAGAAGUAUUUUCUUUUUUUGCCAUUUAGCACAAUCAGGCUACAUUUCAUGGCUAAUGACACUUCUCAGUACUGUGCACUUUAUGUAUAUCUAAACCUCAAGUUCUGGAUGAGUAGUCACUCUCUUUCCUUUUACAUUGAAUUAUACUGUAAGGCCAAUCUGUGAAGUGCUCAAAAGUACAUGUACACCUC